CCUACACACUCCCUUUACUAUUCCUUGCCGAGAGAACAGCCCCAAUCCUCAGUUCAGUUCCCUCAACACCAUUGCGACGCUCAACAGCUCCGAUUCAGCGACGCCAUCCGCUUGAAGAUAUUUCUUCGACGUCAGCUGGAGCUGCUCGGGCUUUCCAAUUUUAUUUCGAGUUCAAGGUACCCAUUGGAGAUAUUGAAUUGCUUUCUGAGCAAACUAAGAGAUGGCCAGUGAGGAAGAGAGUGCCGUGAAGGAGCCGUUGGAUCUGAUACGGCUCAGCCUCGACGAGCGCAUCUACGUCAAGCUCCGGUCCGACCGUGAGCUCCGCGGUAAACUCCAUGCUUAUGAUCAACACUUGAAUAUGAUUCUUGGUGAUGUUGAAGAAGUUGUUACUUCUGUAGAAAUUGAUGAUGAAACUUAUGAAGAGAUUGUCCGGACGAAAAAACGGACUGUUCCCUUUCUCUUUGUCAGAGGAGACGGGGUCAUCCUUGCUUCACCUCCUCUAAGAACAGCUUGAUUUAGUUACUUAUAUUGGGAAAUCAAUUGUUGGACAUUUAACAAAUCUCGCUCUCUGUUAUUCUACUUUUAAAUUUCUAAAUGAAUGAGAUUUUUUGAAUGGCAAGUACGUAGGAUCAAAUUUUCAACUG